CUGUUCUAAUGGGUGACAGGACACAAAGCAUUGAUUACCUUUUGCAUUCCUACGAAUACGAAUUUUCAUGAGCUUCUGAAUUUAAUCCAUAGAUGGAAAAUAAUAACUAUUGUUUCCAUUAUUGUACUAAAAUCAGUCAUCAAAUUUAAAAUGAACUCAAAAUGUGUUUCAGAAUCGGGACGGGAUGACUUAAUGUGUUUUCCGGUUUUAUACGACACAUAUUUCCUUAGAUUUAUCCUAAUAACUGUUUUUAUUCUUUCCAAUGUGCAUUGUGAGCAGGUCGUUACUCCUGAGGUGUCAAUUUAUGAUGAAACCCCGGAUGCACAUACGGGAAGAGUUGUAUACCUGGAGAACAAAACUGUUCUUAUCAAUGGGUUAGUUGGAGAGAAAGUUGUCAUACAGUGCAACGUGUUUAAUAUGCCACGUGGUGCAAGGAUAUUUUGGAGGAGAGAUAGCUUAUCAGGUGAUGAAGUUUCUGAAGUGAUCAAUGAUGGUCUUAUGUCACGCGAUAUGUCAAGGUGGGAAGUUGGUCAAGGCAAGCAACAAGAUUCUCUCCGCUUGGAAAUUAUGUCAUUGGAUAAGUCCUACGAAGGUAAAUACACCUGUGAAUGCCAGUAUACUGGAUCUGUGGAAUCGGCAAGAGUUCACAGGAUUUUACGCGUUUUCGCAAAGCCGAAUAUUGUCCGACAUAUGUCAUCUUAUGAUACAGAUGCUGACGCUGGUGAUUCAGUUGAACUGCAGUGUAAUGCUGAUGGGAUCCCACCGCCAUUCAUAUAUUGGAGACGUACGGCUGGCGCAAGUAGCAUAAUACGUAAUUUUGGCUCUGUUAAGAGUGGUAAUGUUAUUAAAUUUGACCAAGUAGAAGCUGAUGAUGCCGGAGAGUAUAUGUGUUAUGCUGAGAAUUCAAUGGGUAAGGCUACUUGGCGUGUACGAUUACAAGUGAGACAUGCACCAAUAGUUCGAAUAUUCCCAUUUGUACCAUCACAGAAAUCUGGUUGUAAUUUACGACUGAUAUGUCUGAUUGAUGCUAAUCCACCGGUCUCACAACACGCUUGUCGAUGGUCAUCGAAUCGAACGGGGACUGUCACAUCAUCAUCUGUUGGCACCAAGUUGACCUACUUAAAUGCUGGAUUAAUACGUGAUUUAAUCAUGGAUUUAGAGCCUGUUAGUACAUUGAAUUUCGGAGAUCUUUAUACGUGUACUGCAUCGAAUACACUGGGGACAACAAGUGCUACUACAGUAAUUACAGAAUCACCUACUGAAGUACUACUUAUCAACGGCAGGAAUGCUUGUAAUCAAGCCGUCAACUGGAGGAGGAGAAUAAAUUUUCGUCUACUUUUCAGCGUUCAAUGCUUCCAUUUAUUUAUUAUUAUUAUUACAAGUAUGCUAUAAUAUUGAAAAGUACACACUUCAAUUGUUUAUUGUCAUUAUUUUUUGAUUGUAUGUGUAUUUUCAAUUGAUUACAUACUACUACUUAGGAGUAUUUUUAAGUAAUAUGAAGGAAAUUCGAUAUUUUUUGAUUACCACUUACUUUCAGUUUGGGUGUGUACUUUCUUAUCUCUUUUUUUUAAAAUUUGUUUAUAUUGUAUUUGAGAAUUCUUUUACAAAAUCAACAAAUGAAGAAAUAAGCAAAAGUUUUUUAUUCUAUUCAUAAAGCCUCUCUAUUCAUCAUCGAAAUUUUCGCGGAAUCAAUCACAGUUAAAAAUCCUUUUUCCAAGCGAAUUAUUUCUGUAUACUGUUAAUAAAAAGGUUUGCUAAAAGACGAUUUGUA